AUGUCGGCCGCUUCCGGUCAGCGUGCAGGUUACUCACUACUGACUCUCACGAUCAUGCCUGACGUGAAAGUCUGUCACCUGUUUCUACAGCUCGCUCAAUGUGCGGAGUACCUGACGCGCAGUGACCAGACCGAUGCACUGCGAGCUGUCAUGGACAGCAAGACGUUUUUCAGUCAUCCAGCUGGCGAGGAGGUGCCAUUCCUGAUGCUGGCUGCAUUUCAAUUCUUGCUCUCGCCCAACCGACCAAGACCCAUUGCGCAGCGCUAUUGA